AAAGUUAAAUCAAUCUGCUGGACCUGCGCGGCCACGUCUCCGCCGCGUACUCCACGGGAGCGCGCGGGGUCACCUGUUGCAGUCCAGCCUGCCUCCCGCUCCUCAGCGGAGUUUGGCGUCUGCGCUUCCCGCAGCAGAUCUGCGGCUUCAUUCAGCCAUUACCGAGGUCCAACGACUGUGGGGUAGAAACUGUGAACGGGUCUCCCCGAGCCUCAGCCCACCAACCACUCUGCUGACGAUCCUUUCAGUCGCAGCGAGGAGGAGAAUGUCCUGAGCUCAGAGGGCCACAGAUCACCAGGGGUCUCCAUCCGAGUCUGUACACCCAGUCCUCCUCCUCCACCCUCACCACCUCCUGCACAAGUCAAGGAGAAAGCCCCAACACCCAAGCUGUUCACGCCAAGCAAGCUCAGUUUCACCUCCUCCCAGUCAGGAGGCAACAACAUGAAUCUGUCGGACCUGCCCACCUUCACUCCCAGCGCCUUUCCCCCCAGUGCCUUCAACUAUGAGCGGCCAAGACAUUUUAUCCAGUCUCAGCCGGCCUUCCAGGCUCCCAGCUAUGAGAGUGUGCUGAGGGAGGCUCACGAGAACCAGAACAACCAGCAGAACCUCAACAGCACUCAGAGUAGUCUGAGUUCUCUGGAGCUGCAGAGUCAAAUUAAAACCACACAAACUCAGUCAUUUUCUCAAACCCAGUCAGUGUCCAAGUCCUUGUCUCAGACCCAGUCCCAGUUCCAGUCACUCAGUCUCAACCAGAACCAGACCCAGACCCAAUCAGUCGCCCAUACGCAGAUCCAGACCCAGGCCAACGGAACCGGAAAGUCCUCCCCAUCUUCAUCCAGCCUCAACUCUCCCACUUCCACUUCCUCCGGUGCUCCUCCUCUUGCCUCCAACGCCCCCUUGCUGACUCCUUCAGCCCCCACCUCCUCCUCCCCUACUACUGCAUCCACCUCCACCUUACCCCGUGCCACCAUGCGCUCCACCAUCACCCUCACCCCCAGGGUUCCCAGUGCCACUGGCCUCGGCAGCGCCUCCCUGCCGGCUAACCAGGACACCAUGUCGGCAUCUGCUGCUUACCUCUGCUCCAUUCUUCCCUCCCAGUCCUCCUUCUCCCCAUUUUCCUCCAAAUUAUCUCCCAACCUUCCCCACACCUCCGUCUCUCCCUCCCGCUCCCCACUGGCUCCCUCCAGCCCCCUCCUUCCUAUUAGAGUCUCCUCCUCUCCAUCCUCCCUUCCUCAACAGCCACUCCCAGUGUCACCUUCCCUCGUUCGCUCUCCUCUUUCUCCCUCCUCCUCCUCCUCUUUUCUCCCAGCUAACACUCCCAACAAUCAGAGCAAAGUGCCGCCUGCUGUGGUCUCCCUGCCCGCCAGCUACAAGGGGACACCAAACAUCCUUCCCAAACCCAACUUGAAAAAGUCUGUAGCCCCUCGUCCGUCCUCUUCUCGCUCUACAGAUGAAGACAUCCAGGGCUCCAAAGACGCCCUGAUACAGGACCUGGAGAAGAAGCUCCGCUCAAAGGAAGCCAGGAGAAGACACAGCCAGAAACUCUCGUACGAGGAGCGAAUGGCUCGCAGGCUUUUGGGUCCAGACAACGCCACUUACAUGUUUGACCAAGACAAUCUUUCAGACUCUCAACUCGACCAGCCAGAUUCACCAGAAGGCAGACAUACCGGAGGAUUAUGGGGGAGACACCACUCAGGGACGGAUGAGAGGAGCAACGAGGGAUUAGCCAUCCAGGAGAAAUGUUACGCUCCUCGCUUCCUGCAGAUCCCCCCGGACCUCACCGUGGAGGAGGGACGCUUCUGCAGGAUUGACUUUAAGGUCGGAGGUUUGCCCACUCCGGAUGUCUCCUGGUACCUGGACGGCAAAGCCAUCCGUCCAGACGACUACCAUAAGAUGCUGGUGUGUGAGAAAGGGAUGCACUCGUUCAUCAUAGAGAUCGUCACCGUGCAUCACGCUGGUGUGUACGAGUGUCUGGCCAAGAACCGAGCUGGGGAGAGCAGAUUUACCAUGAAGCUCGACGUAAUAGCUCAGGAAGCCCUGCGCCCUCCCACCUUUGUGCAGAAGAUGCUGAACACCAGAGCUCUGGAGGGCGACACUGUUAGGUUAGAGUGUAAAGUGGAUGCUUCUCCUCCUCCGCAGCUUUUCUGGAAGAAGGAUAAAGACAUGCUGCGCAUUGACCCCAACAGAAUGAGUCUGUACCAGGACGGUUCAGGUCGGCAGUGUUUGUUGAUAGAGAGGUUGAUGAAGUCGGAUGCUGGCUGGUACACGCUGUCUGCCAUUAAUGAAGCUGGCAUGUCCACAUGCAACGCCCGGCUGGAUGUCGGCACUCGCACGGCCUCGGCCAUGAAACCAGCCGCCCCUGCUUCCAAGACGCUGAAGCUGCUGUCAUCUCUGAGCCACGUUCCUGCCCCGACGGUGGAGAACCCCGCCCAGCACACUGCCCCGCUGUACGAGAGCGAGGAGCUGUAGACCCCAACAUCACGUCCUCCGUUCACUGUCGUCUGGGACCGGGGAACCGGACCAGAGCCUCCGUUAAAACCGUGAUGUCGGGGCAGAAAUGCUUCUGAACAUGAGCCCAGGUUAACGGCAGCGCAGCAGAUCAGAGCAAACUUUGCUUCGUGUGCACAUUAAGCAUUUCUGGAUGGUUUAUCACAGAUUAUUUUUUCCCUCAGAGGUGAGGUAAUGUCCUAUGGAAGCCCAUUCCUGCCAUUUCUGUAAAUAAAUACUUACAAAGUAUUUCAUAAAUAUGGGACAACGUUAUAAAUAUGAAGUAAAUGUCAAUAUUAUGAGAUAAAAAAAACAAUCUCAUAAUGGAUUUCUUAUCUCAUAAAAAAACUUUUAAUCUUAGACGUUUUCUUAUGCUUCAUCGCAUGAAAAUGACUUCUCAUAACUUAAAAAUACUUUAUUUAUCUCUGACGGGCAAUUAUAGGAAUGACGUUAAAACUUAAACCAAUAUUUUUCCUUUACAAGUGGCAGGAAUGGGUUUCCAUCAGGUUUAGAUCGGAUCUGCAGGUUGCUGAAGUUUCCCGGCUGCAAACACUCGACUCAGACUGGUGCACAGCUUGAUGUCAAGUCUGAUAAUUACCCACUGAUCUGAGUCAGGUGUGUUGCAGCAGUGACGCUUCUAAACCUGCAGGACUCGGGCCAUCGAGGACCAGGACUGUGGAUUAGAGCUUCCCUUUAUAAAGUCAAAUUAACUUAAAAACUGCAUAAGAUAGUAUCCACGACGCCUCAUCUGCUGCCGUUUGUCAUCUCUGCGUUCACCUUCGUCCAGUCUGUCCGUCUGCUCAGCUGAACGCUGCUUCUGGGUCAUGGAUGUAUUUAUAGACCCGGGAAUGAAGAAGCAGCUUCAGCUCUGCUGCCAGACACGAAACCGCAGCAAACGUCUCCUCAAACAUCUCCGUUACUGCCGUCUAUAACACGAGGAGGGCGCGACGCGCGCUACUUCAGCCAGAAAUGUCUCGUUCUGGAUGAAACGUUCCCAGUUUGCCAGCUUUCACUGCGUUCAUGUUUGGGAGUCUGGAUUACGUCCGGCUCUUAUCUGGAAAACAAUUUAAGACGUCUCUGGUUUAGAAAGUUGUCUUGUUAGUGUUUAGUAGUGUAUGUGAUGAAGCUUUAUAUUUGGACUGAAGUUAACUAGUUACCAGUGUUGGGCCUAGAUGAGGUGGGCAUUUACUCACCAGGCUGACAUACGGACGCCAACACGAACCCGGAUGCUUCUACUUCGUCUCAUCUGCAGUGCAGAGAUGAUGUCAUCCACCUGAUUCCAGUAAAAUGAAACUCACCACAAACGUUUGUACAAGUAUCAGUCCGUCGGCCUGCGUCGACUCUCCGCCUUCAUAUGGUUUGAUUGAAAACUAAAAACUGGACGGACAUGCGUGUGAAAACCUGGCAUUUACCGAGCUACACAUGCUGCUUGUUUUUCCAUAGAAACUGAAGCUGUUUUAGCUCCUGAGGUUUCAAGCUAAUCACUGGACAGAUUACAGGCGUUUGGCUCAAACAGGAUUCACUGUAAAGCUGCUGAAAGCAAAAAUGAAACAGAUUUUAAACUGCAGGUAGACGUGUUUUCUCCUUACGUACAGUUUGUUGUGUCAGAACUUCUAUAUAUCACAGGAUGAAUGAGGAAUAAAGUUGUUAAAAUCUCAA